UGGUGAGAAAAUAAAUAUUACUCCUAAAAAGGCAAAAUUUUAGACCACCCACAAUGUGACACGUGUAACGAGAUAACUGAACUUACGAAACACUCCACUAGAACCACUUGAUCACUUGACUGUAAUCUCUUUUCCCUCCUUCCAAUAACCAGACCUCCUCCUCCUACUCCAUGAUCACUUUCGACCCCAAAUUCCAAAGAGAUUUCAGUUGAAUCAACCAUGUCAACUGCUCCCAACAGCUAUCCAUCUCUCUGUUCUUCUCCGGCAUUACCACGAACUGCAAACUCACCAACGAAACAAACGUUAUCUCUCGUAACAUCCCAGUUCAAGCAAACGUUGCACAAAAAGCCCCAAACCCUAACUUUUUCAAUCAGGUUAGGGAAUUCGAGUUUGGAGAAACGAUCGGUUUUGAUCGUUAGAGCAUCGUCGGAAAAUGGAGCAGAAGAAGAGGAAAAAUAUGAAGAGUAUGAGGUAGAGAUUGACCAGCCUUAUGGUUUGAGAUUCGCGAAAGGUAGAGAUGGUGGAACUUACAUUGAUGCAAUUGCACCUGGAGGAAAUGCGGAUAAGACUAAGAUGUUUACUGUUGGGGAUAAAGUUGUGGCCACCAGUGCAGUAUUUGGAACAGAGUUAUGGCCUGCAGCUGAAUAUGGAAGAACCAUGUACACUAUUCGCCAAAGAAUCGGUCCUUUGCUCAUGAAAAUGCAAAAGAGAUAUGGAAAGAUGGACGACGACACUAAGCUAACAGAGAAAGAGAUCAUCAGAGCUGAGAGAAAUUCCGGAAUAGUUAGUGGCAAACUCAGGGAAAUCCAAAUGCAAAAUUACUUAAGGAAGAAGGAACAAAAGGAAACACGAGAACGUGAGCUUCGUGAAGGCCUACAACUUUACAAGAGUGCAAAGUAUGAAGAGGCAUUGGAAAAGUUUGAAUCCGUUUUAGGAUCACAACCAGAUUAUAACGAAGCUUCUGUAGCAAAUUACAAUGUUGCAUGCUGCUAUUCCAAGCUUAAUCAGUUACAAGCUGGACUUUCUGCUUUAGAAGAUGCUCUGAAAGCUGGAUUUGAAGAUUUCAAGCGGAUUCGUUCUGAUCCUGAUCUAGAGAAUGUAAGGAAAUCUGAGGGGUUUGAGGCGUUGAUGCAGAAGUUCGAUGAAUCGUUCAUCAAUGAGAAUGCGCUGAAUGCGAUUAAAUCGUUGUUUGGAUUCGGGAAGAACUAGAAUUGAACGCUCGACAGGUUUUUGUUUUUUGUUUAUAGAAUAUGUUCAUCGAUUUUGGGUGAAGCUCGAUAUAUAUUUUUUGUUCAUCAAUGCGGAAGUUAAGCAAGUAUAAUUGUGCAGAAAUGGUUAGGGUUUACCUUAAUUCGUUUGGGGAUUGUAUAUCCACAAUAUAUCCAACACUUUUACAUUGCUCUGAUCUUCACUACAAAAAAAAAAAAUCGUAUUUUUGAAAUCGAAUGGGGGAAGAAAUCGAACUGAAUUGAAC